AUUAAAUAAUAAUAGAACUAUAGAAAACGUUACGUACUUGUCUAAAUGUGAAAAAGGUAUAGACCAUAUUCUUCCCUUCUGAGGACAAAAAUAUAGAUUAAUAGAGAGAGAGCCCAGAGUCCUCAACGCGAAACGCGCCGUUUUGGUGGUCUCCGAUUGCCGUCGAUUUCUCUCAGCCUUUCAGGCAAACCCUUCUGGAUGGUGUUCGAUGGCUGCUGGGGUCGUCUCUACUUAGGUGGGAAGUAGCUGAAGAAGCUUAACACUCCACCAGUGUGAAUUUCUGGCCUACUAAAAAAGAUGAACACCUGUAGAUGAUACCUUUAUGUAUGCACCUGAUAUUGCAACUUGAGGUCAUAAAUAUGAAAUGAGCUGUUUACCUGGAGAGUUACUAGACGAUUGGCAUGCUCCACUGUUCAUUGGUGUAAAAUUCUGGCCCACUAAGGACGAAUACUUUCAAUCUAUUCUUUAUGUAUGGACAUGAUGGUGUUUACUCAAUGUUAAUGACGACUCUUCAGAUGAGUUUUACAGAGUAUUACAGUUUUGUAAUGCCUGCUGAAAGGUUGGGGAGCUUUAAGAUGUUAGAAUCUAACAAGCCUCCUCCCUCGAAGAAAUCUCGAAAGGAGCGGAUCCGGAGAAAGUCUUCGGGAAUGACCACUACCACUGUGGUUAUGGAACAAGAAAUUUGGAAAGAUUUCCCAGAAGACCUUUUCGAAGCUGUUAUUGCAAGACUUCCCAUUGCCACUUUUUUCCGCUUUCGAUCUGUUUGCCAGAAAUGGAAUUCUUUGCUAAGUUCGGAAAGUUUCUCUGAGCAAUGUGCCCAGGUCCAACAAGCCAAUCCCUGGUUUUACACCAUAACCCAUGAAAACGUGAGUGCUGGAGCCAUUUAUAAUCCUUCCUUGAAAAAGUGGCACCAUCCUACCAUUCCAGCUCUUCCAACAGAGACGAUUCUUUUUCCAGUAGCUUCAGCUGGGGGCUUAGUCUGUUUUCAUGAUAUUGGUCAUAGGAACUUUUAUGUGUGCAAUCCCCUGACUCAGUCUUUUAAAGAGUUGCCAGCAAGGUCCGUCAAAGUAUGGUCUCGUAUUGCUGUGGGGAUGACUAUGAAUGAGAGUUCAACCGGCGGUGGUUACAAGAUUCUAUGGGUGGGUUGUGACGGGGAGUAUGAAGUCUAUGACUCACUCAACAACUCCUGGAACCGUCCAGGAAGUAUGCCUUCAAAUAUUAGGCUGCCACUAUGUCUGAACUUUAGGUCACAGGCAGUUAACGUUAAUGGCACCCUUUACUUCAUGCGGUCGGACCCUGAAGGAGUUGUGUCGUAUGAUCUGAUCACAGGGAUUUGGAAGCAGUACAUAAUUCCAGCCCCGUUACAUCUGACUGACCACACACUUGCUGAGUGUGGAGGCCGGAUCAUGCUUGUCGGGCUGCUGACAAAGAAUGCUGCCACUUGCGUGUGCAUAUGGGAGCUUCAAAAGAUGACGCUCUUGUGGAAGGAGGUUGACAGAAUGCCAAACAUCUGGUGCUUGGAGUUUUAUGGAAAGCACAUUAGAAUGACUUGCUUGGGUAACACAGGUUUGCUCAUGUUGUCAUUGAGAUCGAGACAAAUGAACCGAUUGGUUACAUAUAAUGUGGUGACUAGGGAAUGGCUGAAGGUUCCUGGUUGCAUGGUGCCACGUGGAAAGAAGAGGCAAGGGAUUGCAUGUGGCACUGCAUUUCACCCAUGUCUGACUGCUACGGCUUGAUUCAGUUUUGUGAUUCUUACAGCUGAAUGUUGGGUUGAGGCUUGGGGUCUUCUCUUGCCGCACUAUAAAGGGUGGCUGAAAGCUUGUGAACAAUAGUGUGUUUCAGCCCAAAUUUUUCAUUAUUGUUUUAAUUAACUAGACAUAACCAAGAUUUAUGGCAAAAAUUAUUUCCCCCAUUUUGUAGAAACUUGAUGAAAACACAGUUUGCAUUAUCUAUUACUUUUAAGUAGUGUAUUCUCGUUUUAA